CCGCACACUAUCUCACCUACUUACGGCCUCGUCUAUACGUACGUAAACAAAGAGAAAUGACCAACAAUCAAAUAUCUAAGAUAACGCCGCCACUGAUAACGUCGUAGUUGCGCCGCGAGUCACACUAUCAGUUUUGUGCGCGUCUUAUUGCGGACAGAAUGCGACGCGCGUUCGCCGUCCUUGCGCUGGCGGCCGUCUGCUGCGCGGCGCGCGGCUGGACCUUCUGCGACGCCCCUGACGAGUGUGUAUGCAGGUACCACGAGCGAGCCGAGGAGGACCUCAUGCGGCAGCACAUUGACUGCUCCUACAGGAGGAGCGCCCUCGGCGGUAAUCGCACGCUGCCGCCCCGGGCCCACUCUCUCGACCUCUCCUCGAGCGGUUUGAAGAUAAUACCAUCGGGGCCUUUCCUCCGAUCCAAAUCGUUGCAGGAGUUGGUGCUGAAAAACAACGACAUUACAGAGAUUGAGCCGGGCGCCCUUGCGCUCCCCGAUCUGCGCCGCCUCGACCUCAGUUACAACCGACUGGAGCGACUCGACGGCGCCGUCUUCCGGUCCAUUACAAAGCUGGAGUUCUUAAAUUUGGCGAAUAACAAUUUUGUGUCGUUCGCAAAACUCACGUUCCAUCCGCUGCGGGAGCUGCACGAGGUCAUCCUGAACAACAACAACAUCGGGCCCGCCCUCCAGGACACCGACCUGUUCGAUAGGGACGGAUUUGGCCUAACGAACAAGAUCCAAAAGGUGUCCAUCAGUGGCAUCGGCUUGGGCCGCGUGCACUACAAUUUCUUUGUAGACGCCUACGACAUACGGGAGCUGGUCAUCGCCAACAACGACUUGACCGAGUUGUUCGAGAUCCCGUUCACCCUGGAGUACUUGGACGUGUCCGAUAACCCGAUCCGGGAGAUAUCAGGCGAGGACUUCUCCGACUUGACGGCACUGAAGGUGCUCAAGAUGAACAACCUCAGCAUUGGGUCGGUGCCGGCGAACGCGCUGGAGCCGCUCCGGGCGCUCGUGAGGCUGGACCUCGAGAGAAACCUCAACUUGACGGAGUUCAGUGCGCUGGCGUUCGGCCGGGAAGUGCUGGAAGACGCAGACGACUUCGCGCUGGAGGAGUUGUCGCUCAAGUCGUCCAGGUUGCAGACCCUGGACCGGCGGCUGCAGGUGCCCCUGGGGCAACUCUCCCGCCUCGAUCUGCAAGGCAACCGCUGGCACUGCGACUGCCGGCUGGCCUGGAUCAAGCAGUUUCAAAUCAAACCAAACGAUUACGAACACUUGAGAUGUUACACCCCGAAGUCGCUGUUCAACAGCAAAAUAUUCGAGUUGAAGGAGAAGUACUUCCGAUGCCCGCGCGAGCGUGGAGGCGGCGGGGGCUCGGGCGCGGUGGUCGGCCUCAUCGCGUUCUGCAUGUUCUCGUCGGCGGCGGCGCUGUGGCUGUUCUGGUACUUGCCGGGCUGCCCGCCGCGGGGCCGCGCGCUGCCCACAUCCGCCUACGCCGCGCUGCCUCUGCACGCGCACGCCGUCGCCCAUACAGCACCCACCGCCUUAUAGCUGUAGCACACUCCCUUUUAACAUAUUUUCUGUGAUACUAAUAAUAGUUUUGGCAGUGUCGUUGUAAAUAAUUCGUUUGUUGUUUAGUUGAAUUAAAUUCAAUUGACUUUUUUUUUCGGGAUCGUUCGCAUCUUCUGAGCCGAUAUCUUUCUUCCCUAGCGCCCUCUAUCGACCUUACUCUGCUUAAUACCUUCUCUUUUCUGUUCCAUUCACCUGUCCAUGGUCGAAAGAAAACAUUUUCGGUUGUAUAAUGCGUGUUGCUUGAGACCAUUAUAAACUCAUUAAAAAUGAUGACUUUAUUACUUUUAAAUUGGAGUAAAAAUAUUAAUACUUGUGUACCUGAUUUUAAUGUCUUUAGUGUAUCAGCGCCGGCGCGAUACCACAAGUUAUA